AUGUCGACUUUCCUCGAUGCUAUUCGCGUGAUCUCCACGAUCACGGCCGCGCUGGUUGCCAUCUCCCCAGCGCCAGACUUUUGGAAGAUCUACAAAACCCGAUCGACCGGACCGUCUUCAAUCCUGCCCGUGAUCAUGAUCUUCUGCAACUGCUACGUCUGGGUGCUCUACGCGUACCUCGUCGGCAACUUCCUGCCGCUCUUCGCCAACUGCGUCUUUGGCAUGCUCACGUCCGUCGUCUUCGGUGGGAUCUACUACCGAUGGAGCGACGACCGCGUCCACAUCCACAAACUCUGCGCCGUCGCCUUCGUCGCGAUGGCGCUCUACACGAUCUAUUACGUCCUCGGGACGAGCAGCGUCACGAACCAGUCGGAUGCCUCGGUGGAGAAAACGCUCGGCGUCAUCAGCGACGUCGUGAGUUUGGUCCUGUACGCGUCGCCGCUUGAGACGAUGAAGAAGGUGAUCCAAACCAAGGACGCGACGACGUUGCCGAUCAUCAUCAGCACCAUUUUCCUCACGAACACGGUGGUGUGGACGGUGUUCGCCAUCGUGGACGACGACAUGUUUGUGAUGGCCCCCAACCCCAUUGGCAUGGCACAUCUCUCAUCCUAA